AUGAUGCAGAUAACAAAUGGCGAUAAAGCUACGCUGGUUUACAUUGGGGAGGACUAUUAUCAAGACUUUGUGACAAUUGUUAACAAAGGGAUUGAAAUGUUCUACCAAAAGGUCUUGACAAUUCUUACUUGUCUUGACCUUUCCAACAAUAGUUUCCAUGGGAGAAUACCAGAAGAGAUACAAAUGCUGAGGUCACUUAGAGUGAUGAACUUAUCCAACAAUGGCUUCUCUGGUGAAAUCUCAUUAGCACUUCAAAAUCUAAAAGACCUUGAAUCUUUGGAUCUCUCAAGAAACCAGCUGUCAGGAAAGAUUCCUCCACAACUUUCAAGUCUAACUUUCCUGGAAGCAUUGAACUUGUCAUACAACCAACUUGAAGGGAGCAUACCACAAAGCAACCAAUUCAUGACAUUUACAAAUGAUUCCUACCGUAGGAACCCAAAAUUGUGUGGGCUGCCUCUGUCAAGGAAAUGCAAUGAAGUUGGUCUUCGAAUGCCACCACCUCUAGGGGAAGAUGAAGAUUCAUGGUUAUAUGCUAUGUCUACUUGGAAAAUUGCGUUGAUAGGUUAUGCUAAUGGAUUGGUGGUUGGGCUGUGUAUUGGAUAUACAGUGCUGAAUGAGUUGGGAAACAAAUGGGUUGAGAAGUUCAAAAAGUGUGGGAAAAGAAAUAGGAGAAGAUGUAGGUGA